AUGGUGCUGAUGCUUAUGAUGAUUAAUCUAUCCAUGAUAAAGGCUAAAUCCAUUGAUGAUCGGAUAAAAUUAAAAGUGAAGGGAGUUAAUUUUCCAGUCUAUGAUCCUUCACGUGUUCCCUUACAAGUGGUUCAAGAGAAUUUGGCACAGAUGGCUAGUGUGGGAGUGAAUGCCAUUUCUCUCGAGGUGUUGUGGGAACAAGAUGAUUUUCAAUCGAAUGAAGUGAGAAGGAAUUAUGAGAGUCCGAGUGAUGAAUGGUUAGAGAUGUUUAUUAGACAAACCAAAUUGUUUAAUAUGAACUUGUUGAUCAAGCCAAUUAUUGAAGUGCCUGGGAAUGUUUCAAUGUAUAUUCGACCAAGUAAUGCUACACUUUGGUUUGAAAGCUAUUCGAAAUUGAUUGUUCCAUUGGCCAUGUUGUGUGAAAGAAAUAGAGUGGAAUCAUUGUCUGUUGCUUUGGAAAUACCAUAUGUUGCAGUUCCAAUUCAAAACUUGCCAUUGUGGAAUAAUUUAAUAGCAAGUGUCAGAAAGGUUUAUCCAUCUGGAAAAUUGACCUAUGCUUCAAUUUAUUAUCAUGAAUUUGAAAAGGUGCCGUUUUGGAACUUGUUGGAUUUUAUUGGAAUUGAGGCAUAUUAUUCCAUGGCUACCACUGAUAAUCCUCAUCCACCUUUGGAAGAAAUGAAACGAAUCUACAUUUCACAAAUGAAUUAUUUGAGAAAUUGGGUAAAGACCAUUCAGAAACCAAUCAUAUUUACAGAAAUAGGGUAUCCCUCCACUCAGGCAUGUGCAACUCAACCAACAGUCUUUCCAACAAGAUCUCAAGGUUGCAUUGGACCAAUCUUCUCUCCAAAUGUUACAUGUCAACAAGCUGCCUAUGAAACCAUCUUUUCUGUUCUUCCCUCAUUUUCUGAUAUCCUUGAUGGACUAUAUCUAUUCUCAUGGGACAAUCCAUCUACACCUGAUUAUCAUGAAGGUGGUCCACUCUAUUCAUGUUUCUUUACUCCACUUAUGAAACCUGCUUUCAAGGUAUUGACCUCUGCAUAUUCUAAUAAUUAA